AUGGAAGGCGAGUCUCUGGACCAAAUGACGGCCCGCCACCGGCGAGAGCUCAAAGACCUCCAAGGCCGAAUCACCAGCAAAAAGAAGAAUGCCACCAAGAAGACGCGCAAAGGCGUCAACGACGAAUGCUCUGGCAUGGAGCGGGAGUUGAGAGAGAAGCAAGCCGCCGAAGUUGCUUCCCUCGACAGCACACCACGCGACGUCGAGCCCGAGCCCGAACCCGACGCCGAUGACGACACCAACACCACCGCCGACGAAGCCAACGGGCUGGAGCGGGCGGCAGCAGAAGCAGACGACGAGGCAAUAGACGCAGCAGUGGACAAGCUGAGACUGAACGGCGACGCGCCGCCGCCGCCGGCGGGCAAGAAGCGGAACCGGCAGAAGGAACGCCUCGCGCGGCGGGCAGCCGAGCAGGAGGCCGCGGCGCAGCAGGCGUCGGAGGAGGCGUCGGGCAUGACGGACCACCGGGCCCGGGAGAGCGAGUACAUGAGGAGGACGAUUGCGGCGCACGGCCUCGUGGAGAAGGACAUUGAGCCGGACGGGCACUGCCUGACGGUGCGGCGGGCGGCGGCGGCGUACAUGGGCGACAACGGGGACGACUUUGCGCCCUUCCUCGAGGGCGGCGACCUGGGGAGCCAUGUCGCGAGGGUGCGCGACACGGCCGAGUGGGGGGGACAGCUGGAGCUCACGGCGCUGGCGAGGCGGUACGGCGCCGAGAUACGGGUCGUGCAGGACGGGAGGACGGAGAGGAUCGGGGAGGAGGAGGGCGCGCGGACGGGCAGGGUGCUGUGGUUGGCGUAUUACCGCCACGGGUAUGGGCUGGGCGAGCAUUACAAUUCUCUGAGGAGGAAGUGA